AUGUCGUUGGCUUUCGAACGUCUACCAGAUGAAAUUAUUAUGAGUGUUAUGGAAUUUUCUGGUGAUGUUUUCGAUAUACUACGAAUAUAUCUCGGUUUGAACGAACGCUUCAAUCAUAUCCUUUUGGAUCAACGUCAAGAUGACAAUUCUCGGGCCUGGAUGGGUGGAUGUUCUAUCGUUGUCGAUUACUUCCUAUUUCUGACGAUUUAUCAAUUACAGUGUAUUCACUACCUAACAUGUAACGUUUCUACUGACAUCAAUUGUUAUCGAGCGGUGAUCGGUCUGGCACUAUUUAUUUUUCAAUGUCAAAAUCAAGUAGUUACCGAAAUACUGUCCCUGUUCGUUCAUUCGAAUUAG